AUGUCACUCUCGUUUGAAAUCAAUCCUCGCCUUAUAAUCGAUAUUCCCAAUCAAUCAAAUCGGAAUAUUGAAUCAAUCAAUGGUUAUCAACAAGAACAACUUCUAUCACUAGAAGAAGCUUGCCAACCAUUGCAUACUAUUCUUGGUACAGAACUUCAACUCUACAUAACUGUUGCUAAACUGAAUUCGAAAGAACCUAAACAUGGACUCACUCAAGAUGAAUCGGCAUGCAUCUAUCUAUAUACAAUGGAAUGGAAUCAAUCAGAAAAUAGUCUUCAUGUUCUUCUUAAUCGAGCACUCGUUGCUAUCGAUGGCAGUCAAAUUCAACCUUGGUGGAAAUAUCUGAAGUUGUUCUUCACAGCAAUAUUCAAACUACCAUAUUCUGAAUAUCAUACUGUUUGGCAUGGUGUUCCUAAGGAUGUUAGCGAAUAUUAUCGAGAAGGCGACGAAAUGACAUGGUGGUCAUUGACUUCCACAACAUCUUCAUUCGAUGUUCUUCAAUCACCAAUGUAUUUAGGUCGAGAAAAAGUACAAACAAUAUUUGAGAUAAAAACAAAAUAUGGAAAAUCAAUCCGAGAACAUUCGCAUCUCGAAAAUGAUGAGGAAAUUCUCCUUCUACCUGGAGUUGUUCUGAAAGUUAUGGAAACUUCAAAACAAGGAGAUGGAAUUCAUAUAAUUCGUUUACACGAGGUUGCAUCAUAUGAAAAUCAGCAAAUGGAUGAAACACCUCCAUUUAUAUCAAGUAAUAUUCAAGAUAAUGAAUUAGAUGCAUAUCGAAAUCCACAACUGGAACAAAUAAUCCGAUCAACCGAAUUUCGAGGCACACUACUUUUAGAAUCAAUGAAUUUAAACGAUCAUGACGUAGAAAUAGUUGUGAAAUUAGGUAUCGUGGAGCAACAAUGCAAGGGACUGAAUCUUCAGCACAAUAAAAUAACAUCAGUUGGUGCUUUUAUUUUGGCUCAAUCGUUCUACGAUAUUAGAUAUAUUGCAGAACUCAAACUGUGUGGAAAUCGAUUGCUCGAUGCAGGUGUUCAACAUAUUGCUAGAGGAUUGACGAAUAAGAAUAUGGGCCUCAUAGGUCUAUAUUUGAAUUCAGUUGGAAUGACAGAUGCUAGUUGUGAGUGUCUCGUCGAAAUGGUUCGAAUAAAUGGACGAAUGCGUCACCUUUUUUUAUUUGAUAACGAAAUUAGCGAUUAUGGUGCUCAAGUAUUAAUGAAAAUACCUGAAUACAAUGAGCAUGCUUCGAUACCUACGAUAGGCUUAUCUGGCAAUAGAUUGAUAACUGAUGCAAGUGUAGAUGCAAUCUGCUCUGCUAUACAUACAAGUCGAUAUUUUCAUCAAAUACAUCUAGGUAACUGCAGCCUUUCAAUGGAAGGUAAAAUGCGACUUCAAUUAACUGCUCAACAGCGGGGUUCAUUUGUCCUUUAUCUGUGA